AUGUACGCUGGCCCAUCAACAGCAGGUGCUUACAAUGGCCCUUCAAUAGCAGCUACUUACACUUGCCCAUCACUAGCAGCUAUUUACACUGGCCCAUCACUAUUAGCAACUUACACUGGCCCAUUCUCUAGCAGCUACUUACACUGGCCCACCAAUAGCAGCUUCUUACACUGGCCAUCACCAAAAGCUACUUAUACUGGCCCAUCAAUAGCAGCUACUUACACUGGCCCAUCACAAGAAGCAACUUACUCUGGCCAAUCAUUAGCAGCUACUUACACUGGCCCAUCAAAAUCAGCUACUUACACUGCCCAUCAAUGUCAGCUAAUUACACUAGCCAAUCAAUAGCAGCUACUAACACUGGCCCAUCACUAGUUGCUGUUAAUACUGGCCUAUCACUAGAAGCAACUUACACUGGCCCAUCACUAGUAGCUACUUACACUGGCCCAUUCUUUAGCAGCUACUUACAGUGGCCCAUCAAUAGCAGCUACUUACACUGGCCAAUCAAUAGCAGCUACUUACACUGGCCUAUGAAGAGCAGCUACUGACACUGGCCUUUCACUAAAGCUAUUUAUACUGAACCAUUACUAGUAGCUACUUACACUGGCACGUUCUCUAGCCGCUACGUACGCUGGCCCAUCAACAGCAGGUACUUACACUGGCCCUUCAAUAGCAGCUACUUAUACUUGCCCAUCAAUAGCAGAUACUUACACAAGCCCAUCACUAGCAGCUAUUUACACUGGCCCAUCACUAUUAGCAAUUUACACUGGCCCAUCAAUAUCAGCCCCUUACACUGGUCCAUUACUAGCAACUACUUACACUUGCCCAUCAGUAGCAGCUACUUACUCUGUCCAAUCAGUAGUAGCUAUUUACACUGGCCAAUCAAUAGCACUUACUUACACUGGCCCAUCAAUAUCAGCUACUUACACUGGCCCAUCAAUAGCAAUGACUUACACUGGCCCCUCACUAGCAGCUACUUACAUUGGCCCAUCAAUAGCAGCUACUUACACUGGCCAAUCAAUAGCAGCUACUUACACUGGCCCAUCAGUAGCAGCUACUUACACUGGCCCAUCAAUAGCAAUGACUUUCACUGGCCCAUCAAUAGCAGCUACUAAAACUGGCCCAUCACUAGCAGCUGUUAACACUGGCCCACCACUAGAAGCAACUUACACUGGCCCAUCAAUAGCACUUACUUACACUGGCCCAUCAAUAUCAGCUACUUACACUGGCCCAUCAAUAGCAGCUACUUACACUGGCCCAAUACUAGCAAUCACUUCCACUGGCCCAUCAUUAGCAAUUACUUCCACUGGGCCAUCAAUAGUAGCUACUUACACAGGCCCAUCAAUAGUAGCUACAUACACUGGCCCAUCAAUAGCAGCUACUUACACUGGUCUAUUAAUAUCUUCUACUUACACUGGCCCAUCAUUAUCUGCUACUUAUAAUGGGCCAUCAAUAGUAUCUACUUACACUGGCCCAUCAAUAGUAGCUACUUACACUGGCCCAUCAAUAGCAGCUACUUACGUUGGCCCAUCAAUAGCAGCUACUUACACUGGCAAAUCAAUAGCAGCUACUUGCACUGCCCCAUCAAAAUCAGCUACUUGCUCUGCCGAUCAAUAUCAGCUAAUUACACAGGCCAAUCUAUAUCAGUCUUACACUGGCCCAUCAAUAGCAGCUACUAACACUGGCCCAUCACUAGCAAUUACUUACACUGGCCCAUCAUUAGCAGCUACUUACACUGGCCCAUCACUAGCAAUUACUUCCACUGGCCCAUCAUUAGCAGCUACUUACACUGGCCCAACAAUAGCAGCUACUUACACAGGUCUAUCAAUAUCUGUUACAUACACUGGCCAAUCAUUAGCUGCUACUUAUAAUGGGCCAUCAAUAGUAGCUACUUACACUGGCCCAUCAAUAGUAGCUACAUACACUGGCCCAUCAAUGGCAGAUACUAACACUGGCCCAUCACUAGCAAUUACUUACACUGGCCCAUCAUUAGCAGCUACUUACACUGGCCCAUUACUAGUAGCUACUUACACUGCCACGUUCUCUAGCCGCUAUGUACGCUGGCCCAUCAACAGCAGGUACUUACACUGGCCCUUCAAUAGCAGCUACUUACACUUGCCCAUCACUAGCAGCUAUUUACACUGGCCCAUCACUGUUAGCAACUUACACUGGCCCAUUCUCUAGCAGCUACUUACACUGGCCCACCAAUAGCAGCUUCUUACACUGGCCAUCACCAAAAGCUACUUAUACUGGCCCAUCAAUAGCAGCUACUUACACUGGCCCAUCACAAGAAGCAACUUACUCUGGCCAAUCAUUAGCAGCUACUUACCACUGGCCCAUCAAAAUCAGCUACUUACACUGCCCAUCAAUAUCAGCUAAUUACACUAGCCAAUCAAUAGCAGCUACUAACACUGGCCCAUCACUAGUUGCUGUUAAUACUGGCCUAUCACUAGAAGCAACUUACACUGGGCCAUCACUAGUAGCUACUUACACUGGCCCAUUCUUUAGCAGCUACUUACAGUGGCCCAUCAAUAGCAGCUACUUACACUGGCCAAUCAAUAGCAGCUACUUACACUGGCCUAUGAAGAGCAGCUACUGACACUGGCCUUUCACUAAAGCUAUUUAUAGUGAACCAUUACUAGUAGCUACUUACACUGGCACGUUCUCUAGCCGCUACGUACGCUGGCCCAUCAACAGCAGGUACUUACACUGGCCCUUCAAUAGCAGCUACUUAUACUUGCCCAUCAAUAGCAGAUACUUACACAAGCCCAUCACUAGCAGCUAUUUACACUGGCCCAUCACUAUUAGCAACUUACACUGGCCCAUCAAUAUCAGCCACUUACACUGGUCCAUUACUAGCAUCUACUUACACUGGCCCCUCACUAGCAGCUACUUACACUGGCCAAUCAGUAGUAGCUACUUACACUGGCCAAUCAAUAGCACUUACUUACACUGGCCCAUCAAUAUCAGCUACUUACACUGGCCCAUCAACAGCAAUGACUUACACUGGCCCCUCACUAGCAGCUACUUACACUGGGCCAUCAAUAGCGGCUACUUACACUGGCCCAUCAAUAGCUUCUACUUACACUGGGCCAUCAAUUGUAGCUGCUUAUACUGGCCCAUCCCUAACAGCAACUUACGCUGGCCCAUCCAUAGCAGCUACUUACACUGGCCCAUCAAUAGCAGCUACUUACACUGGCCCAUCAAUAGCAUCUAAUUAUACUGGCCCAACACUAGCAGCUACUUACACUGGCCCAUCAGUAGCAGCUACUUACACUGGCCCAUCAAUUGUAUGUACUUACACUGGCCCCUCACUAGCAGCUACUUACACUGGCCAAUCUAUUGCAGCUUCUUACAAUGUCCCAUCAAUAGCAGCUACUAACACUGGCUCAUCACUAGCAAUUACUUACACUGGCCCAUCAUUAGCAGCUACUUACACUGGCCCAUUACUAGUAGCUACUUACCCUGGCACGUUCUUUAGCCGUUACGUACACUGGUCCAUCAACAGCAGGUACUUACACUGGCCCUUCAAUAGCAGCUACUUACACUUGCCCAUCAAUAGCAGCUACUUACACUGGCCCAUCAAUAGCAUCUAAUUAUACUGGCCCAACACUAGCAGCUACUUACACUGGCCCAUCAGUAGCAGCUACUUACACUGGCCCAUCAAUUUCAUGUACCUACCCUGGCCCCUCACUAGCAGCUACUUACACUGGCCAAUCUAUAGCAGCUUCUUACACUGUCCCAUCAAUAGCAGCUACUAACACUGGCCCAUCACUAGCAAUUACUUACACUGGCCCAUCAUUAGCAGCUACUUACACUGGCCCAUUACUACCAGCUACUUACACUGGCACGUUCUCUAGCCGCUACGUACGCUGGCCCAUCAACAGCAGGUACUUACACUUGCCCUUCAAUAGCAGCUACUUACACUUGCCCAUCACUAGCAACUAUUUACACUGGCCCAUCACUAUUAGGAGCCUACACUGGCCCAUUCUCUAGCAGCUACUUACACUGGCCCAUCAAUAGCAGCUUCUUACACUGGCCAUCACUAACAGCUACUUAUACUGGCCCAUCAAUAGCAGCUACUUACACUGGCCCAUCACAAGAAGCAACUUACACUGGCCCUUCAAUAGCAGCUACUUACACUGGCCCAUCACUAGCAGCUACUUACACUCACCCAUUCUCUAGCAGCUACUUACAGUGGCCCAUCAGUAGCAGCUACUUACAUUAUGCCAUCAGUAGCAGCUACUGACACUGGCCUAUCUCUAGCAGCUAUUUACACUGGCCCAUCACUAGUAGCUACUUACAUUGGCCCAUUCUCUAGCAGCUAUAUACACUGGCUCAUCAAUAGCAGCUACUUACACUGGCCCAUCAAUAUCAUCUAAUUAUACUGGCCCAACACUAGCAGCUACUUACACUGGCCCAUCAGUAGCAGCUACUUACACUGGCCCAUCAAUUUCAAGUACUUACACUGGCCCCUUACUAGCUGCUACUUACAUUGGCCCAUCAAUAGCAGCUACUUACACUGGCCCAUCAAUAGCAGCUACUUACACUGGCCCAUCAGUAGCAUCUACUUACACUGGCCCAUCAAUAGCAAUGACUUACACUGGCCCAUCAAUAGCUGCUACUAACACUGGGCCAUCAAUAGUGGCUACUUACACUGGCCCAUCAAUAGCUGCUACUUACACUGGGUCAUCAAUAGUAGCUACUUAUACUGGCACAUCACUAACAGCAACUUACACUGGCCCAUCCAUAGCAGCUACUUACACUGGCCUAUCAUUAGCAGCUACUUACACUGGCCCAUCGAUAUCAGCUACUUACGCUGGCUCAUCAAUAUCAGCUACUUACUCUGGCCCAUCAUUAUCUACUACUUAUAUUGGGCCAUCAAUAGUAGCUAUUUACACUGGCCCAUCACUAUUAGCAAUUUACACUGGCCCAUCAAUAUCAGCCACUUACACUGGUCCAUUACUAGCAACUACUUACACUUGCCCAUCAGUAGCAGCUACUUACUCUGUCCAAUCAGUAGUAGCUAUUUACACUGGCCAAUCAAUAGCACUUACUUACACUGGCCCAUCAAUAUCAGCUACUUACACUGGCCCAUCAAUAGCAAUGACUUACACUGCCCCCUCACUAGCAGCUACUUACAUUGGCCCAUCAAUAGCAGCUACUUACACUGGCCAAUCAAUAGCAGCUACUUACACUGGCCCAUCAGUAGCAGCUACUUACACUGGCCCAUCAAUAGCAAUGACUUGCACUGGCCCAUCAAUAGCAUUUACUAAAACUGGCCCAUCACUAGCAGCUGUUAACACUGGCCCACCACUAGAAGCAACUUACACUGGCCCAUCAAUAGCACUUACUUACACUUGCCCAUCAAUAUCAGCUACUUACACUGGCCCAUCAAUAGCAGCUACUUACACUGGCCCAAUACUAGCAAUCACUUCCACUGGCCCAUCAUUAGCAAUUACUUCCACUGGCCCAUCAUUAGCAGCUACUUACACUGGCCCAUCAAUAGCAGCUACUUACACUGGUCUAUCAAUAUCUGCUACAUACACUGGCCCAUAAUUAGCUGCUACUUAUAAUGGGCCAUCAAUAGUAGCUACUUACACUGGCCCAUCAAUAGUAGCUACAUACACUGGCCCAUCAAUAGCAGCUACUUACACUGGUCUAUCAAUAUCUUCUACUUACACUGGCCCAUCCUUAUCUGCUACUUAUAAUGGGCCAUCAAUAGUAUCUACUUACACUGGCCCAUCAAUAGUAGCUACUUACACUGGCCCAUCAAUAGCAGCUACUUACGUUGGCCAAUCUAUAGCAGUUUCUUACACUGGCCCAUCAAUAGCAGCUACUAACACUGGCCCAUCACUAGCAAUUACUUACACUGGCCCAUCAUUAGCAGCUACUUACACUGGCCCAUCACUAGCAAUUACUUCCACUGGCCCAUCAUUAGCAGCUACUUACACUGGCCCAACAAUAGCAGCUACUUACACAGGUCUAUCAAUAUCUGUUACAUACACUGGCCAAUCAUUACCUGCUACUUAUAAUGGGCCAUCAAUAGUAGCUACUAAAACUGGCCCAUCAAUAGUAGCUACAUACACUGGCCCAUCAAUGGCAGCUACUAACACUGGCCCAUCACUAGCAACUACUUACACUGGCCCAUCAUUAGCAGCUACUUUCACUGGCCCAUUACUAGUAGCUACUUACACUGGCACGUUCUCUAGCCGCUAUGUACGCUGGCCCAUCAACAGCAGGUGCUUACAAUGGCCCUUCAAUAGCAGCUACUUACACUUGCCCAUCACUAGCAGCUAUUUACACUGGCCCAUCACUAUUAGCAACUUACACUGGCCCAUUCUCUAGCAGCUACUUACACUGGCCCACCAAUAGCAGCUUCUUACACUGGCCAUCACCAAAAGCUACUUAUACUGGCCCAUCAAUAGCAGCUACUUACACUGGCCCAUCACAAGAAGCAACUUACUCUGGCCAAUCAUUAGCAGCUACUUACACUGGCCCAUCAAAAUCAGCUACUUACACUGCCCAUCAAUGUCAGCUAAUUACACUAGCCAAUCAAUAGCAGCUACUAACACUGGCCCAUCACUAGUUGCUGUUAAUACUGGCCUAUCACUAGAAGCAACUUACACUGGCCCAUCACUAGUAGCUACUUACACUGGCCCAUUCUUUAGCAGCUACUUACAGUGGCCCAUCAAUAGCAGCUACUUACACUGGCCAAUCAAUAGCAGCUACUUACACUGGCCUAUGAAGAGCAGCUACUGACACUGGCCUUUCACUAAAGCUAUUUAUACUGAACCAUUACUAGUAGCUACUUACACUGGCACGUUCUCUAGCCGCUACGUACGCUGGCCCAUCAACAGCAGGUACUUACACUGGCCCUUCAAUAGCAGCUACUUAUACUUGCCCAUCAAUAGCAGAUACUUACACAAGCCCAUCACUAGCAGCUAUUUACACUGGCCCAUCACUAUUAGCAAUUUACACUGGCCCAUCAAUAUCAGCCCCUUACACUGGUCCAUUACUAGCAACUACUUACACUUGCCCAUCAGUAGCAGCUACUUACUCUGUCCAAUCAGUAGUAGCUAUUUACACUGGCCAAUCAAUAGCACUUACUUACACUGGCCCAUCAAUAUCAGCUACUUACACUGGCCCAUCAAUAGCAAUGACUUACACUGGCCCCUCACUAGCAGCUACUUACAUUGGCCCAUCAAUAGCAGCUACUUACACUGGCCAAUCAAUAGCAGCUACUUACACUGGCCCAUCAGUAGCAGCUACUUACACUGGCCCAUCAAUAGCAAUGACUUUCACUGGCCCAUCAAUAGCAGCUACUAAAACUGGCCCAUCACUAGCAGCUGUUAACACUGGCCCACCACUAGAAGCAACUUACACUGGCCCAUCAAUAGCACUUACUUACACUGGCCCAUCAAUAUCAGCUACUUACACUGGCCCAUCAAUAGCAGCUACUUACACUGGCCCAAUACUAGCAAUCACUUCCACUGGCCCAUCAUUAGCAAUUACUUCCACUGGGCCAUCAAUAGUAGCUACUUACACAGGCCCAUCAAUAGUAGCUACAUACACUGGCCCAUCAAUAGCAGCUACUUACACUGGUCUAUUAAUAUCUUCUACUUACACUGGCCCAUCAUUAUCUGCUACUUAUAAUGGGCCAUCAAUAGUAUCUACUUACACUGGCCCAUCAAUAGUAGCUACUUACACUGGCCCAUCAAUAGCAGCUACUUACGUUGGCCCAUCAAUAGCAGCUACUUACACUGGCAAAUCAAUAGCAGCUACUUGCACUGCCCCAUCAAAAUCAGCUACUUGCUCUGCCGAUCAAUAUCAGCUAAUUACACAGGCCAAUCUAUAUCAGUCUUACACUGGCCCAUCAAUAGCAGCUACUAACACUGGCCCAUCACUAGCAAUUACUUACACUGGCCCAUCAUUAGCAGCUACUUACACUGGCCCAUCACUAGCAAUUACUUCCACUGGCCCAUCAUUAGCAGCUACUUACACUGGCCCAACAAUAGCAGCUACUUACACAGGUCUAUCAAUAUCUGUUACAUACACUGGCCAAUCAUUAGCUGCUACUUAUAAUGGGCCAUCAAUAGUAGCUACUUACACUGGCCCAUCAAUAGUAGCUACAUACACUGGCCCAUCAAUGGCAGAUACUAACACUGGCCCAUCACUAGCAAUUACUUACACUGGCCCAUCAUUAGCAGCUACUUACACUGGCCCAUUACUAGUAGCUACUUACACUGCCACGUUCUCUAGCCGCUAUGUACGCUGGCCCAUCAACAGCAGGUACUUACACUGGCCCUUCAAUAGCAGCUACUUACACUUGCCCAUCACUAGCAGCUAUUUACACUGGCCCAUCACUGUUAGCAACUUACACUGGCCCAUUCUCUAGCAGCUACUUACACUGGCCCACCAAUAGCAGCUUCUUACACUGGCCAUCACCAAAAGCUACUUAUACUGGCCCAUCAAUAGCAGCUACUUACACUGGCCCAUCACAAGAAGCAACUUACUCUGGCCAAUCAUUAGCAGCUACUUACACUGGCCCAUCAAAAUCAGCUACUUACACUGCCCAUCAAUAUCAGCUAAUUACACUAGCCAAUCAAUAGCAGCUACUAACACUGGCCCAUCACUAGUUGCUGUUAAUACUGGCCUAUCACUAGAAGCAACUUACACUGGGCCAUCACUAGUAGCUACUUACACUGGCCCAUUCUUUAGCAGCUACUUACAGUGGCCCAUCAAUAGCAGCUACUUACACUGGCCAAUCAAUAGCAGCUACUUACACUGGCCUAUGAAGAGCAGCUACUGACACUGGCCUUUCACUAAAGCUAUUUAUAGUGAACCAUUACUAGUAGCUACUUACACUGGCACGUUCUCUAGCCGCUACGUACGCUGGCCCAUCAACAGCAGGUACUUACACUGGCCCUUCAAUAGCAGCUACUUAUACUUGCCCAUCAAUAGCAGAUACUUACACAAGCCCAUCACUAGCAGCUAUUUACACUGGCCCAUCACUAUUAGCAACUUACACUGGCCCAUCAAUAUCAGCCACUUACACUGGUCCAUUACUAGCAUCUACUUACACUGGCCCCUCACUAGCAGCUACUUACACUGGCCAAUCAGUAGUAGCUACUUACACUGGCCAAAUCAAUAG